AUGGCGGAGAAGGUAAUGAUUAGCUCCGUCUGUUGGGUCCCUCGAGGCCGCAGUUCUAAUAACCCUCGUAGUUGUAUAUUAGAGGAGCAGGAUAUAUCUGAGUUGCUGCAGCAGCAGCAGCAGCAAGAUAGCAGCAGCAGCAGCAGCAGCAAGAAGGAGCAGCGGAAGCAGCAGCAGAAGCUGCUGCGGCAGCAAGCAGCAGCACAAGAUGAUGAGAGCGAGGAAGCAGAUUCAGAUAAAGGAAUGGAGGAAGAUGAAGAAACUGACGAUGAUGACGAGGGUUUAUUGAAUGGAGUGUUUGGCGUGGUGUCAUCGGAUGGGCCAACAGCAUUGGCGGAUAAAAGUGUUAAUUUAUCAGCAGAAGAUGAGAAAGAAGAAGAAGAAGCAAAUAAAAUAUUAGAUACAGAUUUAGUUCUUGUUGCUGCUGCUGCUGAUCACGAUCUUAGUACUCUUGAGGUGUAUGUACAUGAUGUUAAUGCAGGAAGUCUUUAUGUACAUCAUGAUAUCAUGUGUGGAGGGUUCCCAUUAUGCUUGGAGUGGUUAAGCCUUAUGCCGGGAGAAAUGAAGAAAAAUUUAAUUGCGGUUGGAAGUUUUGACAAUUUUAUUUCUAUUUUUGAUUUAGAUGUAUUGGAUACACUUGAACCUGUAUAUACACUUGGACUGCAGCAGCAGCAGCAGCAGCAGCAGCAGCAGCAGCAGCAGAGUGCAGCAACAGGGAAGAAGGGAAAAAGAAAAAAUAAAAAGAUGCAGACGCCCGAUGCUCAUGAAGGACCGGUUAUGGCGCUGCAUGCAUCGCCAUUGAAACCAGAGGCUCUGGCGAGUGGUAGUGCCGAUGAGACAGCGAAGGUUUGGGAUUUAACAACUGGCAAUUGUUUAGCCACUUAUAAAUUCCAUCAGAACAAGGUACAAGCUGUAUUAUGGCAUCCCUCUGAGGCCUCAAUGUUGGCGACGGCGUCUUAUGACCGAACUGUUCGUCUUAUUGAUGUUAGACAACCUAAUGUUGCGGUAAGGGUUUAG